CGUGCCGCAGCAUCUGUGUAUGAAAGCCAUGUGCGCGACCACAGAGAGGCACAAGGCUGCAGCUUUACGCACGGCGACACUUGUCAUUUUUGAUAAUAUUCAUCUUCUGCUAUAAGAAGAUAUGUUGCUGCUGAGGACUUUCGCUCCCUGGCUGCUGUUGGCCUUCCUCGGGCAGCAGGUCUCUCCGUCCUCCGGUGCGCGCAAUAAGAACCGAGGAGCGGACAAGACCGUGACCCCGGCCCCCGACAGAGCGCAGAGGAGCGGGGACAAGUCUGCAGCGACCGGCCGGGGAAAGUUCUCAUCCAAGGAUAAGAUGCAGUGCACGUGGGUGGCCAAAGACGUCGCGGACACGGUCAGGCUGUCGGUCAAAUGCGAGAACCGGGAGGCGCGCGUCAAAGGCGGAGUCACCGAUCUGGAGUGUCGAUACAACGCCAAACCUCAGCGCUGCCCGGGCUACCAGUCCGACCCCAAGGGCUUCUGGAAACAGGUGGCCCGCGCGCUCAAAAGGCUGCAGGGCAAAGUGUGCAGGGAUGAGCGCGCGCUGGUGAGGGCUGGCAUGUGUAAGCGCGCGCCCCGGGAUGCGCACUUCAAGCUGGACAUGAGCAGCUCCGUUUCCGCAGCGCAGUCCGGUGACACUCCGCCGCUACCUCUCUCCAACUCCACCUCCACCUCCACCUCCUCUCCCGCAGCUCCCGCCGGUACGACCGCCUGCACGCGCGCGGACCACCGGAGAAAGGCCGAAGAGCACUGCAGCAGCUCGUGGGCCAGCCUGUGCUCUUUCUUUUUCUCCAUGCUGCAAAGUGACGACUGUUAGUUUCAGAGGAGCGGACGUGGACAUGAUCAGACUUUAAUUUAGGACUCAACAAAUGUAAUGAUCCUUAAUCAAUAAUGAUAAUAAUCCGAUAUUCUCUCCACAGUGUGCAUUUUACAGAUUGUACACAUAAACACACACACACACACACACACACACACACACACACACACACACACACACACACACACACACACACACACACACACGACAUGUGUACUCGUGCUGGAUAUUAUCAGGUGUUUUGAAUGUGACAAUCUGAACUGAAGAUGUUUUAAAUGUAGUAAUUUAUCACCAGUUUACUGUCUUCGGUACAGUUUUGAGGCACUUGUGCUUCAGAUUGAUGCUACUUUAUACUUCACUACAUUUAUCGGGCAGUUGUUAUUGUUUAAAUGUCCAUCCAGAUUAUAAAAUAUGAUUUAUUGUUACAGAUUAUCUCCACAAUGAACUGCUGCUCACACAUCAAUGAGUUACUAAUUGUCCAAUAGGUACAAUUGUUUCGAAAAAUCUAUUUUCCUUUCCUUCUGUUUGACUUUUAAACCUUUUAAUGAACAAACAUUAACAAGUGAAGCACAAUACAUGAUACUAUUAUAGUUCACUACAGCACAGAUAUAAACAUGGAAACCAAAAAAAAAUUAUAUUACACUUUCAAUCUUGAAUCUUGAGAAAAAAUGUCUAAUUUAAAGACAGUAAACUGAAAAUUUGACUGUUUUUUAUUUGUAAUAGAGUAUUUUUUUCAGUGUGGUACUGUUUUAUUCAAGAAAGCAUCCUGAACACUGUUUAUCACAAAGAACUGAAGAUUGAUUAUUAUAGUAGAGUGGUACUUUCUUCUACCUCUGGUCAGCUUUGUCAGUCAACCAUGUACACUCCACUGUACUGUAUUUAUGCACCACAAAUAAAUAUUUUCUAUUUAUAUAA